AUGCUUUCGGGUGCCACGAGCGAGGAAGAGCUCUUGGCCUUGCCAGAGGACACCUGUUCCUCUUCAGCGUCGACGUCGGCAAAAAUAGAAUGUUUGACGAAGAGGCACACGCCAUUUGUCGCGGCUUCGACCGUGUCAUUGUCGAGCAGCACGACGGCGAUCGGCAGUGCAGCCACCGGUGGCGGUGGCGGAGCAAGCAGCGGUGCCAGCGGCGGCGGUGGCGGCGGCAGUGGAGGCGGAGGUGGCGGGGCAGCCGGCAACGGGACUUCCGGCGGUGAUUUCCUCCGCAGAAGUCACCCCCUCUCGGAGCAUACGGCCCUGCAUCCCGCCUACCGGCUCAACUACAUGGACCACCUUUACCACCAGCUCCAGGCCUCCACGCACAGUCCCAACGCCUCGUUACACGUGUCAGCAUCAUCGAGGUUAGGAAGCCCAAGGGCGUCGGCGAUCAGAGCAAGCCGGAAGCGGGCGUUGAGCAGUUCCCCGUACUCAGAUCGUUUCGACAUCGACAGCAUGAUCCGAUUCAGUCCGAACAGCCUGGCUUCCAUCGUCAACGGAUCGCGGAGUAGCAGCGCGAGCGGUAGCUACGGUCAUCUUUCUGCCGCAAUGAGUCCGGCUUUGGGAAUGCAUCCAGGGAUGGCACCACACCUGCAACAGCUUCAGGCGCAUCUUUUGAGGAGCGCAGCUGCUGCGGCUCUUCUGCCCCAUGCCCAUCCUCUGCAACCUACUGCGCCACCACCACCUCCACCUCACCCACACCCCCAUGCUCACGGAUUGUCGCCACACUCGCAAUUAUAUCCCGGCGUGCCACCCCAUUCCACCGCCUCGGCAACCCUUGGACCUCACGGUGGAGGACUGCCGCCAAAAACUGAGAGUACAGAGUCGUGCAGAAAGGCGUCGGAAUCGUCGACAAGGUCGGUGACGGCUGAGGCGGACACGUCUUCGAGGAGAGCUUCGACGAAAGUGAAGAGGGAACCUGCCACGACGACCACGAACGCCACGACCACCACUGCGCCACCCACUCACCCCCAAGGACUCAGUCCCAGUGAAGACCUUCGAGACGAGCCUGGCGACUUUAUCGAAACGAAUUGCCACUGGAGGGACUGUGGCCUUGAAUUUCCUACCCAGGAUGAUCUUGUUAAACAUAUCAACAACGACCACAUACAUGCGAACAAGAAGAGCUUCGUCUGUGGUUGGGAAGAGUGUUCGAGGGAGGAAAAACCGUUCAAAGCUCAGUACAUGUUGGUGGUGCACAUGAGAAGGCACACUGGCGAAAAGCCUCACAAGUGUACCUUCGAGGGAUGUUUCAAAGCGUACUCGCGCCUGGAGAACCUGAAGACGCAUCUGAGGUCCCAUACAGGAGAAAAGCCAUACACUUGCGAGUAUCCUGGCUGCAGCAAGGCCUUCAGCAACGCCAGCGAUCGAGCGAAGCACCAAAACAGAACUCAUUCCAACGAGAAACCCUACGUCUGCAAGGCACCAGGGUGUACGAAGAGGUACACCGAUCCAUCCUCCCUGAGGAAACACGUGAAAACUGUCCACGGCGCGGAAUUCUACGCCAAUAAGAAGCACAAAGGAGGCGGCGGUGACGGCGGAGGGAGCGACGAAGCUGGCGCUGGCGGCCACAGUCCUAGCAGAAGCGAAGAUCUUCACCCGAAGACACCGAGUUUGUCGAGCCCGAGCGUGAAGUCCGAGAGCGAAGCGAACAGUCCACCUAGUAUGAUGCAGCAACAGGGUAGUCCGUUAGUCGGUGGUUGCAACGAUGAAGUUGCUGGUGUCAGCGCGCUGACGGGUGAUGGCGUAGCCUUGGCCGAGGAACCUUGGAACGAGGAACCCGACGACCUGGAUAUCGCCGAUCUGCCGGUUGCUCUUCGUGCCAUGGUUGGCGGAAUGGAGUCGCAGCAGCAGCAGCAACCUCCUCCCCCCGCUUCGAGGAACCGCCUGAAGGGUAGACUGAACGCAAAGGGCAUGCCAAAUCUGCCCGUAAGCGUGUCCGGUAUGAGGGGGACACGUGGUAUGGGUCCACAGGGUAACAUCGGCGAUCUGAACAGGAGGAUCACUGACCUGAAGAUGGAGGGUGGCGGUCCUGCCCGUCAAACGAGUCUUUCCGACUUGCAACUCAGGCUGCAACCUCUCAGCGAGCCACGAAGGGACAGCAACAGCACGGUCAGCACCUAUUACGGUAGCAUGAAGUCCACGGAUUUUGGUAGCAGACGAAGCAGCCAAGCCAGCGGUGUCAGCGCUGUCAGAAUGGGCCAGACCGGACCUGGCAGCUUCUACGAUCCGAUCAGUCCAGGAACGUCGAGGAGAAGCAGUCAAAUGAGUACCACUUCCGGCAGAAUGAACCCACCGAGUCACCUACAGGGACCUUACUCGACCAGCAAUCUUGUCGUUCAGACGCAGAACAUGUCUCUCCAGGGUAUCCAAGGUAUGCCAGGAGAUUGGAGCGGCCCAAGCGGCCAUUGCACGCAACCAUCCGGCGAUCGUCGCAUGUCGGAACCUACCAGGGGUCACCAAACCCAAAGGAAUUCACCGCCUGUACCACCCAGGCCAAGAUCUGCUCAGCUUCCGGAACAUCAUCCUAAUCAAGAAGUCAUUCUGGACGAGGUUGGAGAAGGUGAAAUGGUAGAGAAUAAAUUGGUCAUUCCCGAUGAGAUGAUGCAGUACUUGAAUCAGGUUCAAGCAGGAGGAACCCAAGUCAACUGUCGCAGCAGUCCCCUACCGAUUUGCCAGUCGCCAAUUUGCACAAAUCCCCUGCAUUAUCAACGUCAAAUGCAGCCUACUUGCAACUACAACCAAUCUCACCAACAGACCUGCUAUCCACCGUCGCAACCAACUCAACCAUCCUGCACGAACUAUCAAAAUACCUCGCCGUCUCCUUACAACCAAUGUCCUAGCUCCAGACCCCCGCAAUCUAAUUCACAAUACUGUCCUCCACCUACUUAUCCGUCUCAGCCAAACGGUGGACAGGUGCUCAGUCCGGCAGCGGGUCAAGUGAUGUCACCAGGUUCUCACUAUGCUCCCAGCCACAUUAGCGAUCAACCUCUAACAUCACCAGCGGCUGGUGCCCUAGCGCCUCAACAUCCUCCGCAGAAUCUUCCUCAGAAUUCAGCUCAACUGACCAGGAACUGCCCCCAAAAUCACAUGCAUCACAGCUACUACCCAGGUUACAACUGUCAGAUGAACGCGAACUGCCCGGGAACUCCAAGCAACCAAGUGAACCACCACGCGAGUCCCGCUUGUGCCCCACCGAAUCACAGCUCUAUGAACCAACCGCAGUGCGUGCAGAUGCGUCCGACUGGAAACUGUCAGCCACUGUCUCCACAUUGUGCCCAACAGCCAGCCAUUCCCAGUCAGACGACCAUGAGUCAUCCUAAUCCACAGUGUGGUCAAGUAGCCAGCCAGUGUGCCAGGCCAAUGGUAACGCCAAACAGCCAACUGCCAAAUAUUCAUCCCACUCAGCAAACUACCGUGCCUAACCAGUGUGCUCAGAUGUCACCGCACUGUUCUCAACUGAAUAUAAACAAUCAGGCUAAACCUAUCACCAACCUGACCAGCCUCCAAGGUUGUCAGCAACAGACGCAGCAGCAAAACACUCCCUGCCUGCAGAUGGCCAAUUGCACUCAUCCGAACGGUGGUCACAGAUCAGUGAACGACUCGACUUUACCCAAGAGGACGUCACCUCAGUUGUGCACCGCUCAGCAGAACAACUGCAGGAUGCAACAGCAGCAACAUACUUGUACGCACAAUUGUCAGGCCCGAAGCAAUCUUCCAAACCACCAGCAGUACAGUUGCAACUGCCAGUGGGGUUACGGUGGAGAUCAAUGUUACCACGAGCAAACGGGCGCUGCUUUGCCGGAGAUUCAGUGCAGAGACAUCAGUCAGUCCCAGCAGGGAUCGCCGAUGAAGCCUCCUCAGGGUAUGAGGCAAGACUCGUACAGAAGGACACUAGAGUACGUGCAACAGUGUAGAAACUGGUCUGGCAACGCUCAGACUCACGAAACAAACGUCUCUAGUUCCACUCACCCCAUGUCACUGCCACAGCCUUUGCCAUCCAGCGCCAACAUGGUGGUGAACGACAUGACCUCCUCGUUGAGCUCGUUGCUCGAGGAGAACAGAUACUUACAGAUGAUUCAGUGA